UUGUCAGUGAGACUAGCGCGAAUUCUCGUAUGCAAGUUAUUUUCGUGACAGCAGUUAAGUUUUAUUUCUUGAGAAAACGCUAAAGAAGGUCACAUAAACUAGCUUCUUGAGAGAAGUUGGCGGCCAUGGCCGCUGCGAGCUUGUCGCUUAUUGCGCCUGUGUGCUACAAUCAUCCCGAGAAGCGAGCGGAUUUCAAGUGUUUUGAUUGCAAAUAUGAGAGUAUUAUCUGUCUGUGUCCUCAAUGUAAUAUUCAAGUGCACAGCCUGGAUGUUUUCAAGGCACACAGAUAUGAACAGAUAGAAGUCAUGCGGAAACAACGACGAUUGUCACAAGAUGUCCAAGACAUCGAAAAGUUACUUGAGGUGGAGAAUGAAUUGCUUCAGAGUGUGCUUACAAGGUUAAAGUACACAGAAGAAGAAGAGAAGGAAACCUUAAGCCAGUUGGUGCAAAUGCAAUCAGCUACCAAAAAGAGAGUUGCUGAAAUAAGAGGUUGUGCAGGAGCAGUUGAAAAAGCCUUUCAGUAUCUGGCAAAGGUGUCCAGCAUGCUAAUACAGUGUAGUACUCAAGAUGAAAGAAGUAGCAGCAAACGUAAUCAAGCUGUAGCAGGUGCUGAUGCUGAUGCAGCAGUGCCUAAGGAGCAACCAGACAGCUCUGAGUCAAAUUCUCCCCAUCAGCCAACUCCUAUCCCUGCACAGGAGACACCACUUGGCAGUGAAAAACAAGAUGUGCCUGAAGAACCUAAAGUUCAACUCAGUAAGGAGAUGGAAGGCAAAGAUGUUUUCCCAGUCAGCAUAAUUGGAUCAUUGGCCAGAAAUGGAUCUUUUUGGAUUUCCAAGACAGGAGAACCAGCAAUGGAAACGAGGAAGGAGACUGCAAUGGCCAUAAAUAAUUAUUUUAAAAAGCAUGGGUUUGGAAACCCUGUAGUACCAAAAGAAGGUUUAUUCUGUGCAGCUCUGAACAGGCAAAGCAAGGAGUUCUGUCGUACCAGGGUUGAAAGUGUAUCUUCCCCUGAAAAGUGCAAGAUCCGAUUCCUUGAUUAUGGAUUUGUUGAGGAAUGUGCACCUUCAGUUCUUUGUGAACUUUCUUGUGAAUUGGAUGAUAAAUUUAUCCUGUAUCAGGCAUUUCAAGCUUCUCUUUUUUCAGAUUUGGAUACCCAAUUGCCAUAUGAGGCAAAGUGGUGCUUCAAAGAUCUGACCUUCAACAGAGAAUUGAUGGCAGCAGUUCAAGGCCAGGUCACUGAUAAGAAUGGCACUGUGAUCUAUCAUGUGUUGUUGUCUACUUGUGGGGACAAUUCUGUGUGUAUCAACAGCAAAGUGGCUCAAUUAGUGGAUGAGCAAAAGCUUGCAGUAGAGAACCGUCCUGUUCAGCCAAGAGAAGCAAAGGCAGAUGCCGAAGCACCUGUAGUUCAAAUCAAUCCCAAUAUAGCACAGACUGCAGACAGUGGGGCAGCAUGCAAUGCUGCUCAAGAGAUGGACAAUGAACAUGCUGUGUCCGUUGUAGGGACAAUGGCAAAGAUAGUCAGUGAGGACAGUGUUUCUGAUGAGAAUGCCACCUGUAAAGACAAAAUUACGGUUGAUGCCAAGAUCACUAAUAGCAAAAAGGAAGGCAGGCAAGCACUUCGUCCGGAAGCUGAGGAGUUUGUCCCUCUAUCCCCAGAAAGGGUUAAAGUGUCAGACAAGUUAUCUGCUCAGCCUGCAUCUAAACAAGCCAGAAUCCCUGGUAUACUGCACCUUCCUGCGCAAGAUUCAUUUUCCAAAGCGUUGUUUGCGCCUGAGAGUAAGGUCGACAAUGUACCUAGUUCUGGGCUCCAAGCCAAAGAUGUGCCUGUGUAUGACCAUCAAGAGAAUCAGAUGUUAGGGCUCAAGGAUGUAGCUGAAAACGUUGCAGGUUUUGAAAGCCAAAAUGUCCUUACUCCUGAACACUCAGUCAAGGAAAUUUCUCCCUCUGAGGGCGCAGCUACAAAGUUACAGACCUUUGAGCAUCAGGUCAGCGAUGUGCCUGCUUCUGUGCUUGUGGUCAAUAAAGCAUCUGUCUCAAGGCAUCUGGAAGAAGGAGGCACUAAAGUGUUUCCAAUCGAGCAUUAUCGCAACACAGUGCCAGAUAACCACUUACCUGUUGGCGGUGUUGAUGUGGCAAUGUACAACUACAUCUUGAACAAAUGCUCUGUGAAUAUGAUUGGCAUGGAGGAACUAACAUAUGCUCGUUUUGUAAUGAUCAAAUCAGACCCCAGGCGAAUCAUCGAAGCCAUGAAGUUUGAUGUUUGGUGUUCGAAUAUGAAAACCAACAGAAGCUUAAAUAUUGCCUUCAACAGUGUGAGAAAUGGAGGCGGCAGGGGUUCAGUGUUCCUCCUGUUUGCAGGACAUAAAUUCGUCAACUUCUGCGGUUUGGCUGAAAUGUUAACGUCUGUUGACCCGACACAGAGCUGUCCUAUGCUUAAUGAGCCAUUUAAAUUUGGUGGAAAGAUGAUUGGGAGAUGCGACAUUAGGUGGAUAUAUGCAAACAACCUUCAAUUUAAGGAUAUAAAGUUUAAACCUGAAAGUCGUUUCUCUGUCAGAUAUCUCAUGGAUGCUGCAGACGGCUUGGAAAUUGCUAAUGAUGUGGGACGGAGCAUUGUGAAGGCUUAUGAAAGUAUCACUUACUUCAACUCUAUUUUGCAACAUGCUAUCAAAACUCACCAGUCAUACUUAGAUGAUCAAAAAGAGAAACAGCCAAGGAGUGAUACUGAGCUGCCUUGGUGGAGAGUUACCAGAGAAGAGUUGAGCGAUGAUUCACCAGCAUCUCAAGAAGACUGGGACCAAGAAAUUGAAGACAGCCUGAAAACUUCUGAAAGGUCAGGUACUGAUAAAGACAAAACAGAUGCAUCUGCUGAGUUUCACAGCGGUGGCUGUGAAAACUUAUCUAUCGAUGCCACACAUAUCAGUGAUGAUGGACUUAGUCAUGCUCUUGACAGUCACCAGGGUGCUGAUCAAAUCGAAAUUGGGAAGGACGCCAUCUCUACUGAUAAGGAACCUGAUGGCAGUAUUAAAAAUAAAGACAUUGCAGUGGCCAAUGAUCUAACCUCUCAGCCCUUGAAAAGUGAAAAGGAAAUUCCCACGGAAAACAGGGACUCGUUAAGUAAAAACAACAAUCGUGCUCACUUUAGAUCCAGUGUCAAGAAUCGUUCCUCUUCCGAGAAAAGUCUUGCUGAGGAAACGGCUGAAGUUCCCGGUGACCCAACUGAUUGGGCAAGUAAAACGCCUUCCAAGGCAAGUCUUGAGGAAGCAGAAACUGUCCCGUCCAAUGAUGGAAGUGACUGGGAGACUAGAACGCCUUCCAAAACAAGUCUUAAAGGAGCGGAAACUGUCCCGUCUAGUGAUGGAAGUGACUGGGAGACUAGAACGCCUUCCAAAACAAGUCUUGAAGAAGGGGAAACUGUCCCAUCCCAUGAUGGAAGUGACUGGGAAAUUGGAACGCCUUCCAAAACAAGUCUUAAAGGAGCGGAAACUGUCCCGUCUAGUGAUGGAAGUGACUGGGAGACUAGAACGCCUUCCAAAACAAGUCUUGAAGAAGGGGAAACUGUCCCAUCCCAUGAUGGAAGUGACUGGGAAAUUGGAACGCCUUCCAAAACAAGUCUUAAAGGAGCGGAAACUGUCCCGUCUAAUGAUGGAAGUGACUGGGAGACUAGAACGCCUUCCAAAACAAGUCUUGAAGAAGGGGAAACUGUCCCGUCUAAUGAUGGAAGUGACUGGGAGACUACAACGCCUUCCAAAACAAGUCUUAAAGAAGCGGAAACUGUCCCGUCUAAUGAUGGAAGUGACUGGGAGACUAGAACGCCUUCCAAAACAAGUCUUGAAGAAGUGAAAACUGUCCCGUCGAAUGAUGGAAGUGACUGGGAGACUAGAACGCCUUCCAAAACAAGUCUUGAAGAAGUGAAAACUGUCCCGUCGAAUGAUGGAAGUGACUGGGAGACUAGAACGCCUUCCAAAACAAGACUUGAAGAAGUGAAAACUGUCCCGUCUAAUGAUGGAAGUGACUGGGAGACUAGAACGCCUUCCAAAACAAGUCUUGAAGAAGUGAAAACUGUCCCGUCGAAUGAUGGAAGUGAUUGGGAGACUAGAACGCCUUCCAAAACAAGUCUCAUAGAAGGUAAAACUGUUCUUUCCAAUGAUGGGAGUGAUUGGGAGGUUAGAAAACCCUCCGAAACAAGUCUUGAGAGGAGUGUAGGGGGACCAAACAGUACGUCAAGUUCUCUUUCCAAGACUUGCGUUGAAACCGAAACAGCAGUUAAGUCCUCUGCUAUACGUUCUCUGGAAACAUCACCCAUGACAGGUGAAAGAGUUAAUACAUUGGCACCACCAAGUGCCACAAGUGACUUGGAAACAGGAAUUCUUGAUAAGACUCUUCCCCAAGAACAAACAGGAGUUGUGCCAUCUAUGUCCAGAACAAGUCUUGACGAAGAAUCAGCAUCUCAGUUCGCAGGUGGGAGUGACUGGGAGACUGGCACUCCUUCUAAAACAAGUCUUGUUGAAGGAACUGCGGUCGGGCCCUCUGGCGGGAGUGACUGGGAAACUGGAACACCCUCCAAAACAAGUCUUGACAUAGACUCAUUAGCCCAGCCGCCGCCCUUUAGCGAAGGCAAUGAAGAGACUCAUUUCAAAAACAGCCUUAAGGACGAAAUGGCAGAGUACCCCGGUGGUUCAAGUGAUCUGGAACCUGGAGGACCCACCAAUUCGAUGCUGAUUCAGACAACCUCUGCGGCUAAUGGCAGGUCAGAUGACGCACCAGGCAUUGCAGGAAUGACUGAUAGCGACUCGUGUCUAGAAGUGGCCUCAGGGUGCUUGUUGUCACCAGAACUACUGUCUCAAGAGAGCUCAGAGGAAUUAGUGAUAUCUGACUACGUACCCCUUGAGAUAGGAAAAGAACAUUCUAUUAUAGUUCAAGAGAACUUGACAGACAGUGGCACUUUUUGGGCUAAAGUUACUCGGGCAAGGAAGGAGGAAGAUGCCUUCGUGGAUGCCAUGGUGCGCAUGGGGACCCACAUAGAAGCCAGAAACAAAACCCUUGAUCCAAGUGAGAUAUUUAUAUACAAGCAGUGUGCCGUGAAGGGCCGAGAUGGAUACUGGUACCGAGCUCUUGUAGAGAAAACUCUGGACAAGGGGAAGAUUUGCGUUCGACUUCUGGACAUUGGUGAUGUGUGGGAAGUGAAUCAAAGAGCACUGAGGGUGCUUGAUGAUAAGUUUUACACGUCUCCUCCUGCGCAGGCUUUUGAGUGCUGCAUAGUGUACUCAAAUUCUGCUAACAAGAAGGAAAAGAGUCGAAUCGCCAAACUCGUGAGAAGAAACAAAAAGCUCCAAGUUUUGGUGAAAGGUUACAGUGCGGGUACUGUUGAAGUUCAAAUUCUGUCGUAAACAAGAUGAUUCUUAUUUAUCUGAUUAUUUUAUUGAACUUUGAUGUCCCGAACUGUCGUGGUUCUUUUUGUCUUGGAUAUAUAUCUAAUGUUCAUGCAAAUGUUGAUGAAUACUUUUAUACGCUCUCAGAACUUUCUUUAGAUUUCUUACUUGCGAGAUGACAGAUUUACCAAUAGACAUUCUUUUUGGUACUUAAU